CGCGCCCCCGUCCCCACCAUCAGUUGAUCCCAAGCGACCGACGAGUGAAGAGUGAUCCUUGACUGCUAGUCAGCACUACGCCCAGGACUUCCCUAGUCUGAUUCCGUCGUCUUCAUCGAGAGUUCGUGAACCAGUGUUGUGUUCGAGUGAUUGCUGUCGAUCACCGUGCCUGUUGAAGCCAGCUGUUCCGUUCCUUCUUGCAAACCUCCGACGUUCAAAGAUGCUUCCCUACAUCCUGAGCGAGCUUCGCGACCUGUCCUUCGACGAGGAGGAACCUCGCCGCUUCCAGGGCUACCAAGGCCGUCAUGGUCACCAGGGCCACCAGGGCCACCACCAGGGCUACCAGGGUGACGUCGCCGACCUCCUCAACGAGCUGCUGCUGCAUCGCCCCGUGGCCCGCGCCAGCUUGAGGCCCGGCGUGGUGCGCCUGGUGGACGCCAGCGCCCCCGAGCAGCGCGAGCGCGCCGUGCGCCGCCAGUCGUACCCCGGCCGCCCCAGCAUCCUGCAGCUGCUCAAGAGGGAGCUGGGCGAGAUGUCGCGCCCGGACGACGGCAAGAACGCCUUCAUCGUCAACGUGGACGUGCAGGACUACCGGCCCGAGGAGCUGUCAGUGCAGGUGACCAAGGACGACGGCUACGUCGUGGUGGAGGGCAGCCACGAAGAGCGCCCCGACGAGCACGGCCUGGUGCGCCGCCAGUUCACCCGCCGCUACAAGCUCCCUGACGGCGUGGACCCGGACUCCAUCAAGUCCAAGCUCACGGCCGACGGCGUGCUGCAGGUGUCGGCCCCGCUCAAGGCCUUGCCUGCCCCCGACGAGAGGGUGCGCCAGGUGCCCAUCACCUGCAGCAAGCAGCCUUUGCUGCAGCAGCACCCCGAGGAGGAGAACCAGAGCCACGCCGAGGAGGACAAGCAGGCCGGCGGCGAGGACAAGGCUCAGGCGCAGAACGAGUCCUGAAGAGUGAAGAGCGGAAACCUACAGACCGUAGUGUCUUUCAGCGAUUGCCAUUUCAGAGUUCUCUUUCUAGUGCCGCUGAAUUUGCAGAUCUCAGUUUAUCUGUAUUGUUCCUUUCCCUUGAGACUGAUUACUUCAUGUAUUAUUUAAGUGUUAGAUUGUGGCAUCAGAAGUAGGUUUAUUUUUGCCUUAUCUCACCAGUAGAAUGAGUCUUAAGUUAUUUUUAGUUGUUUAAUUGUUCUUUGCUACAUUAAAAGGAAUUUCUAAAAACUA